ACACCUGCAACACGCAGUCGAGUGGAGGUCGUGGCAGAGCUGUUUUGUAGGCGGACCCAUUCCCGCUGCCAGCUUCGCCGUCACAGCACGCACGAGCAUCCUCGCCAUCGCCAUCUCUGGCUACUUGCUGUCGCUAGCGUGAGAAUGUAAACACGUGUCCACCUCGCCUUACUCGUGCCGUGGAAUGCCGCGAUCCGCCGCAAAACAGGACGAUCCGAUUCGCGCAGGCGUUCCGGCUUCUCCUCAUUCCAUCCGACCUCGAGUCCGUGCGCUCGCUGCGCGCCGAGGACUCCCCCAGUCGUUGCGAGAGAUUUUUAGAAUUCUCGAAAAACUCCCCCAGUCCCCACUCGCGCCUCGCAGCACUCCGCCCUAGUCUGCCUUCGCUCACCGCGCGGCGGCGCGGCAUGACAGAUUCGCAUCUCUAAGCCACGCCGACCACGCGCACACCCUCGUGCCGCGCGUUUGAGCUGGUGCGACCGUGGUAGGCGGGUGGGCAGGCGAGCGGGCGGGCCGCCAUGGUGCUGCUGACGAUCAUCCGCAAGCUCAAGCGCAAGGAGCGCGAGAUGCGCGUGCUCAUGGUGGGGCUGGACAACGCGGGCAAGACGACCAUCGUGAUGCGAUUCAACGGCCAGGAUACGUCGCAGGUGGGGCCGACGCUCGGAUUCAGCAUCACCACCCUGCGCUAUAAAGGGUUCAACCUGAACGUGUGGGACGUGGGCGGGCAGCGCACGCUGAGGGCGUACUGGCGCAACUACUUCGAGCGCACGGACGGGCUCGUGUGGGUGGUGGACAGCGCCGACCGCCUGCGCCUGGCGGACUGCCGGGAUGAGCUGCACCGCGUGCUGCUGGAGGAGCGCCUGGCGGGCGCGUCGCUGCUCAUCCUGGCGAACAAGCAGGACCUGCCGGGCGCGCUCAGCACCGAGGAGAUGCGCGAGGUGCUGGGUCUGAAGGCCUUAGCAGAGGGGAGGCGCCACUGCCACCUGGUGCCGUGCAGCGCAAGGACAGGGGAGGGCGUGCUGGCAGGAUUCGACUGGCUUGUAACUGACAUUGCGUCGCGCAUAUACAUGUUCGACUAGCAACUAGGCUUGCACCGAUGAAUUGUGUUAAAAACUUGUUGAUUUUGGUCGUUCGUUUGUUUCCACUAACCUGCCGUAUUAGCGCGGCGGCUAAUAGUGAGGGACAGCGCUGUGCACAAGCUCCAAGAAACGACAAACAAAGCA